GUGGCCGCACCGCUGGCUCUGUGACGCGCAGGGUCCGGGGCCGACUCUUGUUUUGCCUUCAGUCGGUGCAGCGUCGCCGCGCCGGGAUUUCAACCGGACAAUGACCGCGAUAUGAAAAUAAGUAGGUCUGCGGCGCGGUUAGCCUCUCGUAAAGAGUCCCGAGAUAGCAGAGGAGAGAGGAGAGAGACGAGCACACACUGAGUGGGUGGCUGUCGAUGCUGGACUCCCUGAUCUGCCGGUAUUAGGAUCAGCGAGGUUGGGAGAGACGACACCCAGCCGUACACUAAACCACCUAACCCAACAUGAUGGCCUCCAGCGAUGUAGACAUCCGGAGUGAAGGUUCUCUGUUCUCUGACCAAAAUCCAUCGGAAAUGGAUGCGCUUUGCCCCUCUCCUCCUGGACCUACCAGACCCCAGCGUCACUAUGAGAGGAUUGGAGAACGGACGGGAACCUCUUUUUGUCAGACCCUCAUCCACCUUUUGAAAGGGAACAUCGGUACCGGGCUGCUCGGUCUGCCCCUGGCUGUCAAGAAUGCAGGCCUGGUGCUCGGACCCAUCAGCCUGCUGAUUAUGGGUUUCGUCGCAGUGCACUGCAUGAGGCUGCUGGUCAAAUGUUCACACCACCUCAGUGCAAAGAUGAACAGGCCAUCUCUGACCUACGGCGAGGCGGUGCAGUACGGCAUGGAAAACGUUUCAUGGCUGAGGAGACACUCGCAGUGGGGAAAACACACGGUGAACUUGUUUCUAAUCAUCACCCAGCUGGGCUUCUGCUGCGUCUACUUUGUCUUCCUCAGUGACAAUAUCAAGCAGGUGGUAGAAGCAGCCAACGCCACCACCUUCAGUUGCUACGUGAACCACACCAACCAGACCCAGGUCCUGGUGCCGAGCUUCGACUCCCGUCUCUACAUGCUCUGUUUCCUGCCGGCCUUCAUCCUGCUGGUGUUCACCCCCAACCUGAAGUACCUGGCUCCCUUCUCUCUGGUGGCCAACUUGGUCAUGACCAUCAGCUUGGUCCUCAUCUACUUCUACUCACUCACGAACAUCCCGUACCCCAUCAACCUACCUAAAGUCGGCAGAGCUAAAGACUACCCUCUCUUCUUUGGGACGGCCAUCUUUGCCUUCGAAGGGAUCGGAGUGGUCCUUCCCCUGGAGAACAAGAUGCAGAGGCCUCAGACUUUCAUCCCGGUCCUGUAUGCGGGGAUGAGCAUCGUCACCUUCCUCUACAUCAGCCUCGGUACCAUAGGAUAUAUGUGCUUUGGGGAGCACAUAGGAGGGAGCAUCACUCUCAACCUGCCAAACUGCUGGACGUACCAGGCUGUGAAGCUGCUGUACUGUUUCGGUAUUUUCAUCACCUUCGCCCUGCAGUUCUACGUUCCAGCAGAGAUUCUCAUACCACCAGUUGUGGCUCGCGUGUCAGAGAGGUGGGAGAGAGCCGUCGACCUGCUGCUCCGCUCUGUCCUGGUCAUCUUCACAUGUGCUCUCGCCAUCCUGAUACCGGAGCUGGACCUCGUCAUCUCACUGGUGGGCUCGGUCAGCAGCAGUUUCCUGGCGCUGAUCUUUCCUCCCAUCCUCCAGAUCAUAGCGUUUCACACAGAGGGCCUGUCGCCGCUGGUGACCAUCAAGAACAUCGUCAUCAGCUUGUUUGGGUUGGUGGGGUUCCUCACGGGGACCUACAUCGCCAUCGAGCAGAUCAUCACCCGCAACUCACACAAACACGAAGAGACGUUCUCCUCCUACAUGGUCCAGUGAGGAAGUGAAGUGACUGUUGGCAGGUGGAAGUAACACACCCAUGCCAUUUAGAAACCAUUUUAGGGCACAUUUUUGUUUUUUAAUUAUUUGAUUUGCUGCUGUUGGAUACGGCGGCCAUUUAAGGAUUCAUUCAUCACGUUUAAGCAUUACGAAGCUGUAAGGACUCGUGGUGCUUUGUGUUGUGUUUCAUUAUGUCACAGCUGCACUACAAUGUGCUGUUGUGUCUGACAUAUGUGACUACUGGCAGCAACUCACACAAGUCCAGCAAUGUAGUGCAAUCUAACGAUAACAUAAAGCUAAAUCAUUCCUUCAGGUAGGAGAUACCUUCAAAAGAUUUUAAGGGUUUUUAGAGGUAAUUUAUCAUUUUGACAGCCUGAAUAUAUUGAUGUGUUUAAUAUUUCGCUUAAAGAAUCUAACUACCUCACAAACUGGUAUCGAUUCGGUCUUUGGAAACUUUUUAACACGUGGAUUCGUAACUGUCAGCCCGAACAGCUUUUCACGUAGAGCUUUUAGUGUUCGACCACCUCAUUUGGAAAAAAAAAAGGAAUAAAAAAAAAUCUUAAUUUUUUUGUUGCACUUUGAUUUAUGCCUUACUCAGUGAAACGGCACACUACUUUGACACAGACAACUCAUUACACAAACUUUAAAUCAAGUACCUGUAACUUUAAAAUUAUUGUUGCAAGGUUGAUUUUUUUUAUAACAAAACGUAGCACAAAAAAAGGGUUGGGUAUCCAAAUGGGUACCAGUUCCAGAUUAAUAAGAACCGUGGAUUGUUUAGGAAUUGUGCUUUUCAAUUUCAUUUAUCAACCUCAAAAUGGGAUUGGCCACAUCUUUAUUUGAGUUCUGUCUUAAAUUAAUGUAAUCUUACACACAACAACUCCAUAAUAUCAGUCAGCAGUAAGUGACCAGUCACAACACACUGUUGCCAGCUAAUCGCUGCACAGCAAAGCAGCAACAGCAGUUUAUAAAGUUAAAGCUUCCCGUUUUUUUAAAGAAAUUAGCCUGAUUAUCAGACUCAGUUGACAUUUUGUUUUUUUCAAAUACUGACCGUGUACGAGAUCUGUAUUUCAUAAGUUUGAGAGUUCAAGUCCUAACUAUGAUCUAUGCGUCUUGUAAUGGAUACUAGCAAAGAAAAUGUUCCUAAUCAGUUUUUAUUUGCUACAACAAAAUAAUUUCACAAAGAGAAGAAAGACAGUGUUUGUUUUCUCAAGUCAUAAUGCCCUAAAAUCAGCUAAACUCAGUUAAAAUCAAAAUGAAAAGAGACGUUUAAGAUAAAGAAUAUUCAUAUUUUAUGUAUGUACUUUUAAAAUCAGUUUUUACUGCUGACAUAUUUUGGUUCAGUUUGUGAAAGCCAGGAUCUGAACCCAGAUAGAUGAGCAAAAUGAGAAUCAAUCCAAUCUAUCUGAUACUCAACCCGACAACAAAAUCUAUCAAACUUUAGAAACGUAGUUGUACUGUUUGUGUUGGAGCUAUUUUGUUCGACACCUCUUGUCUUGUCUUUAAAACGUUUAUUUUUUUUUUGAUCCGAUCAUUUUUUUAUGUGUUUUCAUGUUUUAAUGUAUUUACUAAGUUAACGGUGAAUGGUAUUUUUGAGUCGUCUUUUUUUUUUUUUAUUCAACAGCAUGCAUUUUUAAGACUUACAACUAACCUUGAAAAAGUUAUUUUGGUUCAAUUACAGAGAGGCCCUGUGUAAUAUAAUGUAAUAUGUAUGUAAUAUAAAACAAAAGGUUUUAGUCACAAGCUGUAGGGAUUAUAUUCAGACAAAUACCAACACGUACUGUAAGUUCAUUCUAAAGCUUCGGUACUGUUGUACGUCUUCAGUGUUUGUGUUAUCCGGGCUUUGCAGCUAUUUAUCAGUGGACAUUGGUAAAAACUGAAAGCUUAUGGGCCUUAUGUGUAAAAACUUGUAACAGCUGUUGGUGUGAAUCACAGUUGCUUCUGUGCAUAUGUACAUGUAAAUGUCACACAAAAAUGUUUAAAUCUUGUUUGAAAUGACGAAAUAUCCACCGUUCUCCAUCUCCUAUGGAGGAACUUGUGUGCUAAAACAGUUUGAAUGAGAUUUUUCCCACUGGACACUUUAAGAGAAGGAUGAUGUUGAGGAUAAUGGCCGUGAGGGGGAUUAUUAUGUGCAGCUACCCAAAGAAGACUAAUUUCACUUGGCUCAUUUAGGGCUGCGAGUAGUGAUAAUUUGAAGUGUCACUUAAUCAAUUCUUUAUUUUUAAAAUGAUGGUGAAGAAUAAAGGCACACACAGCUCCAACACUGUAUCUGUUGCACGGUAAUAAGGAACAGUACAAUACAGCAUUAUGUCCAUCAUAAAUAAGGAAAUGUUUUAUUUUUUUUAAAUUAAUCAUUGUUUAGUUUAUCAGAAAGAGCCCGACGCAUCGUCCUGUACUUUUAUUAACAGUUUUAAAACGCUCAAAAUCCCCAGAUUGGACGGACUGGAACCUUCAAAUGUUUGAGAUUUUUUAUUUGAUAAAUUCCUUAAAACAGAUUUUUUUAUUUCUUUAUUCCUUGCUCAGAAUAAAUAACAUUCAAAGUGUCCACGUGUGUUUUACUGUCUUUUUUAGGUAGCUGCCAAAACUACAGUAUUUCCUACAGCUUUUGUCAAAGAUUUGGUAGAAAGCAGUCCGCCUAACAAGGACCAACGGCAAAAACUGGGUGUUUUUUUUUUUUCCUUUUUAAAAGUCAGAGGUCGUGGCUAGAUUUUACUCUUCUUAUUGGCAGAAUAAAUAAAUCCAGAAAUCAAAAGUGCUCAUCAGCUAGCUCAGCUACAGUGCAGUCUGCUUUACUCUUCUGUAAUCCGUGAGCACUUCACAGAGUCUCACUGAAUACGGAAAAGACGCAAAUAAAUGUGGAAAGCUUUGGGUUUAUGUUAUCAAAGGCAUUUAUUCGCCCCGCAAAUUACAGUGACAGGACACAAAUUGCAGUGAAACAUGAGCUUGCGUGUAAAACUGCUCCGUGUAGGUCACAGAUAAUCGACGGCGCCAGUUAAAUCACGUUAAGGCAACAGGCUGUGUAGCCACGAGCUGGUUCAUAACGUACAGGAGGUCUCACUCUGCACUCGCCCUGAUGAGCAGAUUUCCAGCCUCACACUUAGUGAUGAAUAUAAAAAAACAUUCUGUCGUCGGUCUCUGCUGUCUUACAUUCUUUAUUACUGACUUUAUUAGAGCGCUGGCGCCAGGAAGCCGACUCCACACAUCUGAUCUGCUUAAUAACCCUCCUUCCAUUAGCCUAGUUAUACCCACGCUGCCAUGACAACGAGGUCUUAAAGAGCAGCCUUUUUUUGUUUUAACUCUUGUUUUCUCUAAACACAAAAAUCCAGUUUUCCGAUUUUUUUCUCAGAAAUUGCCACUUUUCAGACUGUUCUUGGUCUUUAUGUGUACAGAACACGCUUAUCAAUGUAUGUUUUAAAUGUCAAUUAAAGCUUUUAUAAAACAUUAACAUGUCUAUGAAAGGUGUAAAGCUGUAAAUCGACUUUUUUUCCCUCCAUCUAUAUGAAUGUUUAAGGUUGUCAGUAAUAAUAGCUAACCAUUAAAGGGCAAACUGUUA